CGGACGGCCAGCACCAGCGGAGAGAAGGGGCGCGUAGGGCGGCUGCCAGGGAGGCGCUGCGCCCCGAGGCAGCGGUGACGGGUGCGCCGCGCCGCCGGCUCUGCCGGCGCUCCUGGCACAGGCGGGGAAAGGGACGAUCUCCGGAUUUCCACCUCUGCGACAGGGGGAAGGCAACCGGGAAGUUUUGCGGGAAGAGCGAGCCUGUGCGGGCUCGGACAUGAGAGGAAGACGCAGCCGCUUCUUCGCGGCAGCCCUUUCAAAAGUCAGUGUUAAAUGUGACACCCCGGCGAAAUGGGAGCAGGAGAAACUCCCCGCUUCCCACCCCUUGUCCCCCCCCCCCCCCCCGCCCUUUUCCAUGGAAACUCGUAAAAGGAGGAGGAGUAGAGUUUGCUACGGAAAAGUCUCACCUUGGUCUGAAACAGUUUCAAGCGUUUCUGCAGGAUCGGAGCUGCCCGGCUCGGGGGAGGGGACGAGGCAGGCGGAGUGGGAGGGAGAUCUUUAGCUACCUUCAUGUAUAUAUUUUAUUUAUUUUCCGCUUGCUCUUAUUUUAUUCCAGCGGCACGUCUCAGCCCCUCCUCCCCCCUCCCUCUCCAGGUUGGUCGGCUGAAAUGAGGCUUUGCUUGCUGAUCCCUUCUCGGGCUUCAAACCAGAGCCCGGCCCCGCGCAGGCGGCAGCAGUUCGGGGCGCUUCGGCGCUGAAGCGCGCCGGAGCCGAGCAGGACACCGCGGAGUGGAGUGGGGCGGAGGCCCCGCGGAAACUUCGCUUGGAAAAUAGACCUCCGCCGCUUUCCUGGGGAUCCACGUGAGAACAGGAAAGCCCGGCUGCAAGAUCCCCGCGCUGUUGCCUGCUGCAGUUUUACUUUUUGUUUGCCUUGACUAUUUUUUUUUUUCUUCUGUUUGUUUGUUCUUACUUUCAUUUCGGAACCGGUUCCCAGCUCCUUGGCUGAACUUCUGGAGACCAGUGGACCUUUUAUAUUGCCUUCCUCUGUUUUAAGCAAACUAUGGACGCUUAAACUUUCCUCUUUCCCCCUCCCCCUCGCUCCUUAACCCCCACCCAUCAGCUCAUGGGGCUAACGCUGCAAAGCAGCCGCAGCAGUGGGAGAAAUACACAGCCACUGACUUAUUUUCCCGUCUCCUAAAUUGCAGUUAGUUCUUCUCAUCGACCUUCUCAUCACUCAUUCUCUCCAGCUUUUUCGGCUGCCGGGUGUCUAUGUGUGCAUUGUUUUAUCUGAUCUCAAUUCUUUUGUUGUUGUUGAAAUGCCAUGCACUGCUUAUCUAGAGAGAAAGCUAUAUGGAGAUAGAGGCAUAUAGUGAAUGCGCGUGUGUUUCCAUAAGACUAUCAAGGGAGCAGAUCAGAAGCAGCCCGGAUCCUGACCCUGACUGUAUGAAUAAGUAAGCAGGAUGCUGACGACUGUGUGUUAGUUGCCUGUAAGGUUUUCGUAAGUUAAAAGGGGACGGAGAAGCGGGGGAACGGACCAGAGACAGAGCUUAGAGUAAGUGUUUGUGCAGGGGAGGGGGGGGGGGGGGAGCUCUGACACUUUGCUCCCUCCUCCAGCAUAGCUGCUGCCUCCCAUCACUAGAGCUCCGCGGUUUGCUCUAGUGCACCCCACCCCUUCUCUCCCUUUUCUUUCUUUCCUUUUUUCUUUCUUUCUUUCUCUCCCCCCCCCCUCCCCGCUGUAGUUUGCUGAUGUGCAGCCCGGAUCCAUCUAUUGGCAGCAGCAGCGGGACCGAGGUCGGCGGGCGCGGAGCGGGACGCGAGCAGCGGCCGCCCCCUCCUCCUCCUCCGCGGGAAGUUUGGCUGGGGUUUGACAGAGGCGAGGGGGCGCCCUGACAGACAGGAUCUCCCGGCCUGAGUCCACCCCCCGCGCCCACCCAGCGACGUCUCCCCGGCGAGGUGGCUGGCUGGGGGCAGAGGGGCACCGGCGCUCAUGCUUCUCGCUCCGUGUUACACCCGUCUGACUGGGGCUACCUAAGCACCGUGUCUUCGAAGAGCCUCCAGGUGAAGAACGAAAAAAAAAAAGCCAAAACACCGCCCCCCAAAACCUGUGAUUCCUCCAUCCCUUACCCUGCUUUCCCAAGCCGACGUGGACAGCUGAGCCGGCCGCCUAAUUCAUCUGCGCCCUGCCUACCGCGUCUCUGCCCGAGGGAGGAUGAAAAUGCUUUGCUGGAGGAUGGCACUGUGGCUGGCCGGGUGGACUGUCUGUGGGAAGCCUUCCUCCUGUUUUGGCCUUGAUUAUGACUACACUUAUGAUUUCACUGAAGAGGAUAAAGCUGAGGGGAUAGAUUAUAAGGAUCCUUGCAAAGCCGCUGUCUUUUGGGGAGAUAUUGCCUUAGAUGAUGAAGACUUAAAAAUCUUUCAAAUUGACAGGACGAUUGAUCUUACGCAGCACUCCAACGAAAGACUUGGCCAUAACACAGGCUUUGAGCAAAAUAAUACAUCUAAAGGAAGAACUACUGUAAAAUUCUCAGGGAAAAAUGAGAAAAGCAGAUUUCCCAGAGCUGCUACAUCACGAACAGAAAGAAUAUGGCCAGGGGGUGUCAUUCCAUAUGUAAUAGGUGGAAAUUUCACUGGCACCCAGCGCGCCAUGUUCAAACAGGCUAUGCGGCACUGGGAAAAGUACACGUGUGUUACGUUUAUUGAACGAAGCGAUGAAGAAAGUUAUAUUGUAUUUACAUACAGACCGUGUGGGUGCUGUUCUUAUGUGGGUCGAAGGGGAAAUGGCCCUCAGGCUAUAUCUAUUGGCAAGAACUGUGAUAAAUUUGGUAUAGUUGUCCAUGAGUUGGGUCAUGUGAUAGGUUUUUGGCACGAACAUACACGACCAGACCGUGAUGACCAUGUCACCAUCAUUAGAGAAAACAUCCAGCCUGGUCAAGAAUACAACUUCUUGAAGAUGGAGCCUGGAGAGGUGAACUCCCUUGGGGAACCUUAUGACUUUGACAGCAUAAUGCACUAUGCCAGGAACACCUUCUCAAGGGGCAUGUUUCUGGAUACCAUUCUCCCUUCCCGUGAUGAUAAUGGUAUACGACCUGCCAUUGGCCAGCGUACUCGUCUAAGUAAAGGAGAUAUUGCACAGGCAAGAAAGCUGUAUAGAUGUCCAGCCUGUGGCGAAACACUGCAGGAAUCUACAGGCAACUUUUCUUCUCCAGGAUUUCCAAAUGGUUACCCUUCCUACACACACUGCAUAUGGAGAAUCUCUGUGACCCCAGGGGAGAAGAUUGUUUUAAACUUCACCACCAUGGACCUUUACAAGAGCAGUCUCUGUUGGUACGAUUAUAUUGAAGUAAGAGAUGGCUACUGGAGAAAAUCACCUCUGCUUGGCAGGUUUUGUGGUGACAAACUGCCAGAAGUUCUCGCAUCCUCGGACAGUAGGAUGUGGAUCGAGUUCCGCAGCAGCAGCAACUGGGUUGGGAAAGGUUUUGCAGCAAUCUAUGAAGCUAUCUGUGGAGGUGAAAUCCACAAAAAUGAAGGCCAGAUCCAGUCUCCCAAUUAUCCUGAUGACUACAGACCAAUGAAGGAAUGUGUGUGGAAAAUAACAGUAUCAGAAAACUACAAUGUUGGAUUAACCUUUCAAGCAUUUGAGAUUGAAAGACACGAUAACUGUGCAUAUGACUACUUGGAAAUUCGAGAUGGAACAAAUGAGAACAGUCCUUUAAUUGGUCACUUUUGUGGCUAUGACAAACCAGAAGACAUAAGAUCUACCUCUAAUACCCUGUGGAUGAAGUUUGUUUCUGAUGGAACUGUUAACAAAGCAGGGUUUGCAGCUAACUUUUUUAAAGAGGAAGAUGAAUGUGCCAAACCUGACAAUGGUGGCUGUGAGCAGCGCUGUGUAAAUACUCUGGGCAGUUACCAGUGCGCCUGUGAUCCUGGUUAUGAGCUUGGUCCUGACAAAAAGAGCUGUGAAGCUGCUUGUGGAGGACUCCUGACAAAGCUAAAUGGGACUAUAACCACGCCAGGGUGGCCCAAAGAGUAUCCUCCAAACAAAAACUGUGUGUGGCAGGUGGUUGCCCCAACGCAAUACCGAAUUUCAGUGAAGUUUGAGUUUUUUGAGUUAGAAGGGAAUGAAGUUUGCAAAUAUGAUUAUGUGGAGAUUCGUAGUGGCCUUUCUUCUGAUUCUAAACUACAUGGUAAAUUCUGCGGUACAGAAGUGCCUGAAGUUAUCACUUCUCAGUACAACAACAUGCGAAUUGAGUUCAGAUCUGACAACACGGUGUCAAAAAAAGGCUUCAAAGCACACUUCUUCUCAGACAAGGAUGAGUGUUCAAAGGACAAUGGUGGCUGCCAGCACGAGUGCAUCAACACGGUAGGAAGCUAUGUUUGCCAGUGCCGAAAUGGAUUUGUGCUACAUGAAAAUAAACAUGACUGCAAGGAGGCUGAGUGUGAACAGAAGAUCCAUAGUCCCAAUGGCAUCAUCACGAGUCCCAACUGGCCCGACAAGUAUCCCAGCAGAAAGGAGUGCACAUGGGAAAUCAGUGCCACCCCGGGGCAGAGGGUCAAGUUGACCUUUAAUGAAUUUGAGAUAGAACAACAUCAAGAAUGUGCUUAUGACCACUUGGAAGUGUUUGAUGGUGAAAGUGAAAAAGCACCAAUUCUGGGACGUUUAUGUGGCAAUAAGAUACCAGAUCCUCUUAUUGCUACUGGAAACAAAAUGUUUCUCCGCUUUGUUUCUGAUGCAUCGGUUCAAAGAAAAGGCUUCCAAGCAACACACUCUACAGAGUGUGGUGGUCGGCUGAAAGCUGAAACCAAGCCCAAAGAUCUGUACUCACAUGCUCAGUUUGGCGAUAACAACUAUCCAGUUCAGGCAGACUGCGACUGGCUACUGGUGGCAGAGCGCAGCAAUCGAGUUGAGUUAAUGUUUCAGACGUUUGAGGUUGAAGAAGAGGCAGACUGUGGUUACGAUUAUGUGGAGCUCUUUGAUGGUCAUGAUAAGACAGCUGUGAGACUUGGUCGAUUUUGUGGAUCUGGGCCACCAGAAGAAAUCUAUUCAGCAGGAGAAGCUCUUUUACUUCACUUUCACACGGAUGAUACAAUCAACAAGAAAGGAUUUCAUAUACGAUACAGAAGUAUAAAAUAUCCAGGCAGUGUGCACACCAAAAAAUAACACAAGAACCUCUGAGCCAGAAAAGGAGAGUGAGAAAGAAAGAACGCACAGUGAAAAGGAACAAAGGUGUGUCUUUUUUUUUAAACUGCAGUUAUUAGCACAGAUGUUUUAUAUGAGUUCAGUUGAAACGGCGACCAGAGACUGAACUAAAAUUGAAAAAGAAAAUCAGCUAUACCGGAGAAAUAGUCAAGAUGAUGAUGUGAAGGCUCCAUACUUGACUGUUGCUGCAAAGCUUGCAAAAGGACUUUGCAUGCAGGGAGAAUAGAAGAGCUUUUGUUCGUGGUUUGACGUUUGUCAUAGAUGCGUGCAGAUUCAAUCAGUUGCAUUCAGGGGAAGUGACCCUUCAGACCGUUCUUCCUUCUGACAAUUGUAUGGUGUCCAGGAAGAAAAAAAAAAAAAAAAAGCUCUUUCAGGUCACACAAUCAAAAUACUGUCCUUAUAUCUAGUUGCUUUGACUUUAUAUCCUGCAUAUGGUGUGUACAAGGACUUGAAAGAAGAUAAGAAAUGGGAAGGUCUUCCUACAUUAUUCUGUAUUUUUUACAAAUUCAUCUGUCAUAUCAGGUUAACAGUGUUUUGAAACUGGAAAAUCCUACUUCUGAAACGUAACUGAUCUUUAGAGUAUUUUGUUUUACUAAUGGCUGAGAAGUCUGAACUGUUACAUCGGUCACUAGUUGACCAAUCGCUAGUUGACUGAAUUUGAACAGUGUAAGCAUCUAUAAAAUGUUUGGUUUACGAGUUAAGUAAGCUAUCUCUGAUGAUGUGCUCUUAUUUUGCACUGAACAUAGAAAGACUAAGAUGAAAACCUGUCCUGAAUCAAAAUCUGUAUCCAUGAGAAACAGAAAUAGUCAAGGAUCAUAUGAAACUCCUCCUACUGAAUUUGUUUUCAACAGUACAUUUGGAGCCACUACUAAGCUUUGUUUCUUUGGACCUCUUUUGUGAAUGAGCUAAUUAUCUGGUUUGGCUACGCAGAAAUGAAGCUGCAGUGGUAUCCAAGAGGGAGGUUUCCCAAAGAGUUGUUUUUUUUCUCUGGGAGUAAGAGUAUCUGUGAUGGUGAAAAGAGCAAAUCAAAAUAACAGACCCAGGAUUUCUUUGUUAUUGAGUGAAUUCCUAUGGUGCUAUUCCAUGAACACUAAAAACAAACCCAAGAAGUUUUAGACUUUUGAGCCAACAGCUUGCAGAUCAUGAAUGUCUCACUAUGCCUGGCUGCAUCUGGAGAAGGAAGGUUUUACUGCUCCAACGGAGAGUGAGUUGCAACGGCAGCACUAGUCCUGUGGAACAACUACUACUAUUGCCUUAGAAUCCUCGCACACGGUCAGACAGAUCUUCCUGUAGAUACACCUCUAAUUUGAUAAAUAUGUUGACGACUUGGACAUCUUAGUGUACACUAACAAAAGGAUCCUCAAGUGAAAGCCCCAUCUGCAGAGCGAGAUCAUCUGCUGUAAAUACAGUGACCUGCUUUUGAUGUAGAGAUAUGUUACGUUUAGAACUGAGAUAUUCUAUGUGUUUAGGCCAGACAUGGCUUUAGUCAUAAUGUAUAUGCAUUAUGUAAGUAUUGUAUGAAUGAGUGCUUCAGGGGAGUGAAAGGUAUUGUAUGGGUGAAAAUGGAAUUGUUUCUUUAUGUGCCAAGUUCUGUCAGGACCCUGUUUGACUGUAGCAACUUUUCUUUAAAGGCUUCAUAGACAGAUAACGAGGACUUCUAGUUGGCAAGAAUCAAGUUUAAACGUAUUAUGUUUCACUUACGAGAAAUAUUAUUUUGAUAUCCUUUGAUGUAAGUUGCUACUCAGAUUAGCUUAGUUUCUGUUUCCUUACUAUGAACAUACAUUGGCACUAAUAAAUCUGACUUUUUUUAUAUAAAAAUAAAACCCAAAUGUCUA